AAGAAGAAGAAGAACGAGAAGCAGCCGAAGAAGAAGAAACCCGGAGCAGGAAGUGUCUGUUCAUAUCGGCCCCAUCCAUGCCCCCAUGUGAUGCUGUUCACUCGUUCAUUCAUUCUUGAGACGACAACUUCAGCUAACUUGUUAGCUUUCUUCCUCAAAUAAACCAAAACCAAAACCUGCGGUGUCUUUGUAAGCGGCCAAUCACAGCUAGCUAGGUAACGUAGGAGUCGCGCAAAAGUUACUCAGAAAAGUUCAUGUGUAGCCAUCGGAAGCGUACUUAAAAUCUUAAUGAAAAGCGCAGUGGAUACAAGCAUGAUCAAGGAGAACCGGUGGAACAUCCCCCCUAAUGCUCCAGCAUGCAUGGAGAAGCAUCUGAGCUCGGCGCAAUACAGAGCAGAUGGUACUCUGCUGAUCGGUGCCUCCAGCCUCAGUGGCAGGAGCUGGCAGGGAUCAGUUUGGAUCUACAGUGACCCUAAACAGGCCCCCAAUGAGGAACUGUGCAAAGCUGGUGUGCAGACUGAGACUGGAGUCACUGAUGUCAAAUGGAUAUCAGAAAAGGGAAUUGUUGUUGCAUCAGACUCGGGUGCCUUGGAGCUCUGGGAACUGGCCGAGGAUGAACGUCUACUGGUGAACCGCUUCACCAAACAUGACCACGACCACAUCGUGACCACAGUGAGCCCAGUUUCUGGAGCAAACAGUGCUGUCACUGGCAGCAUGGACUGUCGAAUUAAAGUCUGGGAUCUCGGUCAAGAGACCGCUGUCACUACUUACAAUGUGCACACGCAGCCAGUCAGCUGUGUUGCUUGCAGUCCUACAGAAGAGUCUCUCUUCAUCUCCUGUGGUCAAGAUGGCCGUGUGCUGUUGUGGGACAGGAGAAAGCCAAACAAACCAGCCUCAAGAAUAGAUGUAGAGUCCGCCUGCUGCUCCCCUACCACUGUAGCCUGGCACCCCCACCACAGAAGCACCAUUGCUUUUGGUGAUGAGUUGGGCAGAGUGACAGUGAAGGAUUUCCUGGGAACAGAGCCAGCCCGGGUGGAGAGCGUCCACAGCCGUAGAGUCAAUGGGCUCGCCUUCUCUACACAUAGUGCCCCCUUGCUCGCCUCCAUAAGUGAUGAUUGUUCACUCGUUGUUUUGAACCCUGAACUGCAAGAAAUACUCAGAGAUCGGCGACACCAGGACUUUGCCAAAGGUGUGUGCUGGCUCCAUGGUGGCUCCAACACUCUAACAACCGUAGGCUGGGAUCACCGUGUGCUUCACCACACGGUGGAUCCAGCUGCUCAAGCUCCCAACUCCUCCUCUUAGACCCAACCGAUGCUCACACACACCUUGGAAAGACCACAUUUGAAGAUGACUACUUUCCCCCCCUUUUUGAGGGGAGUCCAUAAUAUCUAAAAAGUAAAAUCUGUCAGUCAGAAAAUGUGGUUUAAAGUGUUAGAUUGUCAUUUAGUACUCCACAUAUGUGCAGAGUAUUUGGACUUUUGCUCUCCCAGUCUUGGCCUCGAUGCAUUGCUACGUUACUGUACGACUACGUUCUCUCUCGAUUCACUUCCGUCAUUCUGUAUAUGUGUAAUGUGUAAUUACACUCAAUGCAACCCAUUUGUAUGGCAUAAUUUUACAUUAAAGGUAACUUAAUGUUGUGAUAGCAA